AUGGGGAACACACACUCGAGCGCGACCGCCCGGAUGGCGGGCAUUGGCAACCUGGUCUCAGAAGUCGGCAACGAUAUCCAAUAUGACAAGGGCAUCGGCAACUCAAGAUUCCUCCGUGCUGUGCGUGCCCGCCACCGCCUCGGUCCCAUCGUGGUGAAAGCCUUCGUCAAGCCCGAUCCGUCAAUGACCCUCAAGAGCCUCGUCAAACACAUCCGCAUCGAGCGCGAGUCACUGGCCGAUGUCCCCAACGUGCUCACCUACCAAAAAGUCGUCGAGACCGAACGUGCAGGCUACCUCAUCCGCCAAUGGCUUCACAGCAACCUGUACGACCGCAUCAGCACCCGACCCUUCCUCAGCUCGGUCGAGAAGCGAUGGAUCACCUUCCAACUUUUGCACGCCAUGAGCGACGCUCACGAGCGCAACAUUGCCCACGGCGAUCUCAAGUGCGAGAACAUCCUCGUCACCACUUCGCUUAUGGUCUACGUGACGGACUUUGCGUCGUCGUUCAAACCCACCUACCUCCCGCUCGACGACCCGUCCGACUUUUCCUUCUUCUUCGACACGUCCGGCAGAAGGACUUGCUACAUCGCGCCCGAACGCUUCUACGCGGCAGACUCGAAGUAUGCCCCAGGCGAGAUGCGCAUGGAUGCAGGCGGCCAGGACGCGUCCGAUCGGCUUGGUGAGCUCAAGGCGGACGUGCUCGGCAUGGGCCGACGCAGCGGCAAGGUAACGCAGGCCAUGGACGUCUUCUCGCUAGGAUGCGUCAUCGCAGAGCUGUGGCGCGAGGGCGCUCCGACGUUUACGCUGAGCCAGCUCUUCAAGUACCGCGAAGGCAUCUUUGAUCUGGACGCCAUGCUCGCCACCAUCUCCGACGAUGCGGUGCGCGAGCUCGUGCGCGGCAUGGUCGCGCUCGAUCCGAAAGACCGCAAGACAUUCAAGGAGUACCUGGCUGAAGGUCGGGGCUCGGUCUUCCCGCCUGCAGUCCCAGACUUCCUGCACGAGUACCUCGUUGAGCUGCAAAGGACUUCGCCCGCUGCACUCCAGCAGGCUGGCGGUGGAGUCUCGUCUGUCGAUAGCGCAGCCAGCGGAUCCAACGCCUCCGCCACCGCCGUCUCGUUGAGAUCGGAGCCGAGCCCGCGCCAAAUGCAACGUGCAGAGAGUGACGAACGCAUCGAGAAGCUGUACGAGGAGUGGGCGACGGUCGUGCGCUACUUUGACGACGAUGUGAAUCGCACCGAUACCUCGGAUCCGAAUGCCGGCCCAAGCGGGCUGGCGGCGCGCAUCAACGGCGUCCUUGGCCGCUUCGGUCUCCAGUCGAGCUUUCAACCGCCGCACGAGGGCGAUACGGCAGAGGACGUACGCUCCGGCACCCACGAAUUGGACGACGUCUUCCCGAUGCAUCUUUGCAUCCCCGGCAUGCCGAUACAGAAAGCGACGCUCAGCAGCGCAUCUGCAGACACGGACGGGACAGCCCAGCUGAUCCUGUCCGUGAUUUUGGCCAACCUGCGCAACUGUGUGCGACCGUCGUCCAAGAUCCACGCACUCGAGCUGCUCGUUCACCUCUCUACGCGGUGGCUCACCGACCAGACCAAGCUCGAUCGGGUGCUGCCGUUCGCCAUGUCGCUGUUCAACGACACGUCGUCGCAGGUGAGGAUGGCAGCGAUCCGCACGUGCGUGCAGACGCUGAUGCUCGUGAGGAUCGUGACGCCGUCCAACGCCAACAUCUUUGCAGAGUACAUCAUGCCCAACAUCAAACAGCUCGGGCUCGAUCCAUCCACCCCUGUGCGGUGUACGUUCGCGGCGUCCAUCGUACCUUUGGCCGAGACGGCCGAGCGCUUUCUGCAAAUGUCGCAGGCCAUGAGGGCUGAAGGCCUCUUCGCGGUCGAAAGCGACCUCAACGGCGGAUUCGUCGACGAUCAGCCGAGCGAGGCCAACUACGACGAGCAGCUGCGCACGUUCCAGGCGCUGCUGCAGGAGCUCAUCGUGACGCUGCUCACCGAUCCAUCGGCGUCGGUCAAACGCGCGCUGCUGGCGGGUAUUGCGCCGCUGUGCAGGUUCUUUGGCACGGCCAAGACCAACGACGUCAUGCUGAGCCAUAUGAUCACCUAUCUCAACGACCGCAACUGGCUCCUGCGCGAGGCAUUCUUCGAUAUCAUCGUCGAUGUAGCCGAGGUAUCGGGAACGCGCAGCCUGGAGGAGUACAUCCUGCCGCUCAUGACCCAGGCGCUGUCGGAUGCAGAGGAGAACGUCGUGUACCGCGUCAUUAAUGGCCUGCGCACCAUGACCGAGAGAGACCUGCUGGAUCGAGAGCGCAUCCUAACGCUCCUCAGCACGACGCUCGGAUUCUUGUGCCAUCCGAAUCUGUGGCUGCGUCAGGCAGUUGCGGGACUGAUUGCAGCCGCGGCGACCAAACUAGAGGACGUCGAUGUUUGGGCGGUGCUCUACCCUUCCUUAAGGUCGCUGUUACGUGCAGAUGUGCACGAGUUUAGCGAGACCAACCUGCUCGAGAUGGCCAAGCCUCCUCUGUCGCGACCCGUCUUCUCGGCCGCCCUGACAUGGGCAUCCCAGUCAUCCCAGUCGGCGUUCUGGAAGAGCGCCACCGAGGGCAAGGAGCAAGCUGGCCUCAAAAACGGGCUCGCCACUGAAGGCGUCGGACUUCUGCUCGGCAAGAGCGGACGCGAGGUCAUUUCCACUGCGACGGGUCGCACCGAGGAAGAUGACCGCUUCCGCGACCGGCUUCGAAGUCUGGGUAUGGAGGACGACGACGAGAUCAAACUCGUCGCUCUGCGUGGCAUCAUCCGCCGCCUCUCGCGGCAGGGCUCCAAGGUGCACGUCAAUGCCGACUGGGACGCUACAAGCCCGGCCGCGGGCUCCGGCGCCAGCGCUGAUGCUACACGCGCCCAUCCCAAGGCCAUCAUAGAGCCUCAGUCGCUCGACGGCAUUACGCCCCAGACGAUCUUUUUCAGCGCCAAGACCGACACGCGCGCCGCGGCGUCGGCGAGCGAAGGUGCCAGUGCGUAUACUGGCACGUUCCGGUCGCAGGACGACGAGUCGUUUUCGGCGCAGGUGGCGCGGAGGCGGCUGCAGGGCCAGCGGACGGCGAGCGAGGGCUCGCUGGGCGGACCCAUUGCGGACAUGAGGCGGAGGAUGGCUGCAGCACAGAUCGGCGACUCGCAGCCAUCGACGUUCUCGACGCGACUGUCGAGCUUGCAGGAAGAGCACUCCGAGGCAAAGCACCGCAGCCAUGCAGCGCCGAGCUCGCCGAGCGCGCUGUCGCAGCAGGCUCAGGCGCGACUGGGCGUCGGAAAAGCAAGUCCGGCGGUGGCGUCGACGGCGUUCACAGCUACGGGAACGAUGACGGAAGCCUCGGCGCGGGCGCGUAAGCUGCACGCAGCGAAUGCACAGGCAUCUACACGGCCGACGCCGACAGGCUCGCGGGCAUCCACGGUCCGGGGCGGCGACGCGGCCAAACUCGGCGCAGCAGCUCCGGUCGAUGGUGGCUCGGGCACAACCUUCACCAGCACCUAUGAUGGCAAUGACCCGUACAUCCGCGCGCAUCUCGAGGCGGUGUACUUAGAUUCGUUCCGGGACCGGCCGGAGCUCGGACCCAAGGUCCAAGCGGGUGUGGCGCGGCGCCGCGGUGGCGGCUGGAACCGGAGCUCGACGCUGCCGCGCGUGCCAACUUCGAGCAGCAGCAAGCGCCGACCGGAAGGCCGGCUGAUUGCCUACUUUACCGAACAUACUGCGGCGGUGACGUGUCUGGCGCUGUCGCCGGACCAUGCCUACUUUGUCUCGGGCUCAGCGGACGGUACACUCAAGGUGUGGGACACGGCGCGGCUCGAGAAGAAUGUGACGUCCAAGUCGCGCGCUACGUACGCGGCGCAAAAGGGCGCCAUCACGGGCGUGAUUGCGAUCGAAGGCAGCCACUGCGUUGCGUCGACGGCGACCGACGGCUCGCUGCACGUGUGGCGCAUCGAGAUGGUGCAGUCCACGUCGUCGGUGCCGCGGUACGGUCGGCCGAAGCUGGUGUCCAACUUCCAGCUGAGCACGCCAGACGAGUACGCCAACUGCCUCGUGCAGAGCAGCACCGAGACAGCCUCGCACCUCAUCCUGGGCACGUCGCUGAGCCGGCUGACGAUCCUGGAUCUGCGCACGAUGCAGGUGCUGCAGACGCUGCGCAAUCCGGUCGAGUACGGGCCGAUCACGUGUCUGUGCGUGGACCGCAAGAAGGCUUGGCUGCUCUUGGGCACGCUGGCGGGCGUGGUGUGUCUGUGGGAUCUGCGCUUCGGCUUGAGGCUGCGGGCGUGGCAGGUGGCGCCGACGCAGGCGGGCGUGCUGUGCAGGGUGAACCAGAUCGCCAUCCAUCCGUCCAAGGGACGCGGCAGGUGGGUGCUGGUGGCGUUCGAACGCGUGGGGCAGGCGAAUCUCGAGGCGGGUGCGGCGCGCGUCGAGCAGCCCGAGGUCAUGGUCGAGACGUGGGACAUUGACCGUGGGCUGCGCGUCGAGACGUUUGAAGCGCGCACCGACGCCGAGGGUGGCGAGACGAGCGGGCGAUCGACCAAGCUGACGCCGGUGCCUGAGGCUGGCGCGGGUGGUGACGGGGCGAACGACGCGGCGCUGACGGGUGCAGCAGCGGCGAUCGAGAGACUGCUACGCCAAACGCAACCGCCAGUCGCUGGAGACACGGACCCCUUCGCCCGCCAGCCGGACUCGGCGGCAUCGGCGGCGAGAUGUGCAGUCAAAGCGCUGUAUGUCAGCCUGGACGGCUACUCGAGCUCCACGCUUUCCGCCACGCCCGCUCCCUCGUCCACACGGGACGAGACCGGCGACGCGCAGACCGAAGACGGCGGUGGCUGGCUCGACGUUGGCAAGCUUACGACGUCCGAGCCCCCCGCUGCGGCCGGCGGGCCAGGUGGGUACAUGAUUACAGCCGGCUCGGAUGCGCGCCUGCGCUUCUGGGACCUGGGUCGGCCAGACAAAAGUGCCGUAUUCGGCGUGGCUCCCCAGCUUGCAGCUGCCGGCGCCGGUGUCUCGGAGGUGCAGUCGCAGUUCACGGCAGCUGCGCCGAGCGCUGGCACGACGGCUCGAUUUGUGCAUACGAUGGCAUGGCAGGGUGCGGGCCGUCUCAAGUCGCCCCUGCUGCCUGCACAUGCGACUGCGCAUGCCGCCAUGGCCAGAACGCACACAGACGCAGUCACGGCCGUGGGCGUGUUGGAAGCGCCGUUCCGUGCCAUUGUCGCUGCGGACCGAUCAGGCGCAAUCCGAGUGUGGGAGUAG